AUGUCGUGCUACAGAAUUAGGCGUGGCCAAGAAUACCUGCUGUCGCUGAACCGAUUGGUAGGCAGAAAGAGCGGGGUGGUCGGGAUGGCUGGAAUGGCUGGAAUGGCUGGAAUGGCUGGAAUGGCUAGAUUACUGUCCUCCCUGGGGGGGAGACCCCCAGCGGUAGGGGGUGCACCACGGGGGGAGGAACCUACACCAAAGUUAGGAAAUGUGGACGGCCGAAGUAGAGAUGCCACGAACAAACUUCGAGAAACAGACGACCGAAGUAGAGAUGCCGCGAAACAAAACUCAGUGGUAGACCCCCCAGGCAGUGUGCCAUCCAUCCAAACAGAUGACGACGCAGUGACGAAGGAAAUAUACGACAAAAUAUUGCACGAACAUAAGCUUCUCCGUGUCCGUGGAGGACGAACUAGCAGUGACAAUAGGAAAAAAAAAACAAACUCUGACAUGGUGACGAGUGCAAGAAGUACUACCUCAGUUGAUGUGCACACGAGUAGUAUGAGCGAAAUGGGCAAAGAGAAAGUUCUGUCGUUGGUAAGAAGUCAGUCUCGAGGGAAGAUCCAGAUUGACGCCAAAAAUGGAGAAGUGGAAGAAGGCAAAGAGGUCCUAAAUGGGGACCCCCCAGUGAAAAUAAUAAAAUCACAAAACCACCCCAUUUUUAUCCACCUGUACAAGCUAGCCACUGAUGCGAAAUAUCGAGAGAAGCAAGAAAAAAUUUUAUUGACUAGCAAGAAGAUCAUUCAGGAGAGACAAAAAAAUCACAUUGCACGUAUUUAUACGAACAGUAUUCAAAACUUGAAGGACUUUCGCUGCUUUGACAAUUUUAUCCUUUUGUCUAACAAACUGCUCAAACGGGUUGCCCAUCUUUAUUCCUUUAAAAACGGCGUGCUGGCUGAAGUGGGGCACACGUUCCACUACGACGACGUGGGUCUCCCCCGCCUGGCCCUGUGCUUCUACGAGGUGAACUCGGGGGGAGGCGCAGUAGGAGUAGGAGUAGGCAGUGGUAGAAGCGGAAGUGGCAACGGAAGUGGACGUGGCAGCGGAAGUGGACGUGGCAGCGGAAGUGGACGUGGCAGUGGCGGGGAUCACCCCGAUGUGGAGAGCCCCUCCUUUAAUAGAACAGCCCCCCCAGGAGGGGUAUCAUCAUCGACUCAACUUUUAUGCAACGGAGACAUUGGGACGCUCAUCCGGAGUUGCUUCCUGCUCAAGUGGCAGUGCGUUUUUAACGUGGAAGGACUGAGCCAUAUGCAGAGGGGGAAGGGAAAAGGGAGCAAAGCAUCAUCAUCAUCAAGGGGAGGGAAUACGGAAUGGCCGAGUGCAACCACUGCACGAGGUCCUACUACUUGGAAGAAGCGAGACAUAAACGAUAUUUACAAUAUUGAUUUUUUCCACCCUUUGACAUUGCGCGCCUCGGCGGGUCACCUGCUAGACAUCCCCUACAAGAAAAUAGCCUUCACCGAGCUGCACAAAUAUGCUCGAGAAAACAAAAUACUCCUCCUUAAGUACAGCAUCGGGGGGAGAGAAGGAAGAAAUGGGGACCGAGAUCAGGAGAGCUUUUGUGACAGCGGAGGGGACCUGUAUGUCCACUACGGUAGCAGCAGUUCCGAGCAGAUGAAGCCCUUCUUAAAUUUGCUGGCCAAAGCAAAGGGGGUGUUUCUCCUCCUGGAUAAUUGUAACAACAUUGAGAAGAAGCACCCCGUGGUGCACCGCAACUAUGUGCACAUUGGACCGAACGUUGCCGAUUCGAAUGACGACAACACUUUCGACCGAGUCUACUAUGUCAAUUUGGUAAAUAAUAGGGAGAAGCAGCCCCUGGACGUCGUGGCGGCGUACUCCAUUCUGAUGUACAUCCUCAAGGCCAACUUCUUCCGACAAAUCCCGCAGUCGUGUUACGUUUGCGCGGAGUGA